AAAAUGCAGUUCCAAGGCGCAGCACAACCGCAUCAGGGUGGAUUCCGUGGACCUCGUCCGGAGAAAAACGAUUUCUACGUUGGCCAGCCCGGCAGCAAGCCACCGCACUUCAUGAAUAAGCAGGGCCCACCCUCGAUUCCUCCGUUCAAUGCGAAUGCGUUCGGAGGCCCGAAACCGAUGUACCAGCAGAAUGCUGUCAAUGGCGUUGGCCCCGGUGGGUUUAACAAGUUUAAUGGUGCAGGCCGUGCAUUCGGUGGCCAACCGGGUACGAUGCCGAAGAAGGACUUCGGUGGACCGAAGAUGUAUGGGCCGGGUGGCAGCAAGCCGUACGGUGAGGACAAGCCAUUCGACACGUUCGGAGGACCGAAGAAGUACCAGAACACGAACCCGGGCAUGGGUAUGGGUAUGGGCAUGGGCGGUGGAUAUGGUGGCGGUAUGGGAAACCGUACCGGGUACGGAAUGCGCUCGGACUAUAACGGCUUCAACAAGGACGACCGUGCUAAGAUUCAGUCCCUGAAGGCAAAGUACCCGGGACAGAAUCUGAUGAAACCGAUGUGGGAAAAUCUGGAACCGUUCCAGAAAGAUUUCUACGUACCGCACCCGAACGUGAUGGCUCGGUCGGCGGAGGAAGUGCAAACGUUCCGCGAGCAGAUGCAGAUCACGGUGAUGGGCAACAAUGUGCCGCAUCCGUGCCAGAACUUUGAGGAGGGCAACUUCCCGGAGUACGUGAUGACCGAGAUCAAGAAGCAGGGCUUCCCACGCCCAACCUCGAUCCAGUCGCAGGGUUGGCCGAUUGCGCUGAGUGGCCGCGAUAUGGUCGGCAUUGCGCAGACCGGUUCGGGCAAAACGCUCGCCUACAUGCUGCCGGGUUUGGUGCACAUCUCGCACCAGAAACCGUUGAGCCGCGGCGAGGGACCGAUUGUGUUGGUGCUUGCACCGACACGUGAACUGGCCCAACAGAUCCAGACCGUCGUCCGGGACUUUGGCAACCAUUCGAAGCCCAACAUCCGCUAUACGUGUGUGUUUGGAGGAGCACUUAAAGGACCACAGGUGCGUGAUUUGGAGCGUGGUGUUGAGGUUGUAAUUGCUACUCCCGGUCGACUGAUCGAUUUCCUCGAGCGUGGCAUCACCAAUCUGCGCCGCUGCACGUACCUCGUGCUGGACGAAGCGGACCGUAUGCUUGACAUGGGUUUCGAGCCCCAGAUUCGCAAGAUCGUCGAGCAGAUCCGUCCGGACCGUCAGGUACUGAUGUGGUCCGCAACCUGGCCAAAGGAGGUACAAACGCUGGCGGAAGAUUUCCUGCGCGAUUACAUUCAGAUCAACAUUGGUUCGCUGAGCCUGGCGGCAAAUCACAACAUCCACCAGAUAGUCGAUGUGUGCGAGGAGAACGAGAAGGAGGGUAAGCUGUUGAAGCUGCUGAAGGAAAUAGCCACCUCGGAUGCGACGAAUAAGAUUAUUAUUUUCGUCGAAACGAAGAAGAAGGUGGACGAUUUGCUAAAGAACAUUGUGCGCGAUGGGUAUGGAGCAACGUCGAUUCAUGGCGAUAAGAGUCAAACCGAGCGGGACUAUGUGCUGCAAGAUUUCCGGCAUGGCAAGAGCACCAUCCUGGUGGCGACGGAUGUGGCGGCCCGGGGUCUGGACGUGGAGGACGUUAAGUAUGUGAUUAACUUCGACUAUCCGAACUCGUCGGAGGAUUAUAUCCAUCGUAUUGGGCGCACGGGACGCUGCUCACAGUACGGUACGGCGUACACUUUCUUCACACCAAACAACGGACGCCAGGCACGGGAAUUGCUGUCCGUGCUGGAGGAGGCCGGUCAGCAGCCAACGGUGCAGCUGAUCGAGAUGGCGAAGCAGGCACCGGGCGGUAAAGGUGGUCGGCUGCGUUACUCGACCCGAGGCAGUUACGGGGGCAGCAGCAGCAUGAACAGCUACCAGCGACGACCACCGUUCAAUGGUGGCGGUGGAUUCGGUGGACCGCCCAAGUACGGUGGCAUGCAGAACGGUCCGAUGGGCGGUGGUGGCAACCGUAUGGGUGGCGGCAUGCCGAACAAGUUCCGUGACGGCGGUAUGUACCGGGGCGAGAACAACUGGAACAAGGGUCCGACCGGACCGGCAAUGAUGGGCGGCGGCCCAGGUGGCUAUCAGUCCCACUCGCCCCAAUCACCACAGGCUGCUGCAGUGGCAGCCGCUUCCGGUCAGCAGAUGUACGAACCGCCACAAGCACAGCUACGUGCCUAUCACCCGAAGAACAUGUAUCCGGGCCAGUUUGAUGAUUACACGGCACUGUUUGCCGGUGGUGCGACCGCAGCUGCACCGGGCGGUGGUAUGCGCUACUACCAGAACAAGGCGCAUCAGGGUGGUCCGGGUGGUAUGCAGCCCGGAUCGCAACCCGGUGCCCGGUACAACCCGAACGGUGGACAGUUCAACAUGGACGGUACACCGAAACCGAACAACGGUCGUGGCACGUAUCCACCGAAACAGUACAACAAUAGCUACGCGGCCGGACCGGCCAAUCCAAGCCAUCAGUAUCCACAACUGGCGGCGGCUGCUGCAGCUGCCGCUGCUGGCCAAACCAUUCCGACGGCGGCACCGGCCGGUUUUACCGGGUUCGACCCUACCGGUACACUGCAGUAUCAGGCAUCGUACCCGAUAACGGCCGCGACCGCUACGUACUAUCCGUACCCUGCGGCUACCGCUCCACCGCCACCACCGCAGGCCCAGGCGGCCCCUGUCGUUCCACCGGUACAGCAGUAAGGUGCCGG